UUUAUAUUUUUUCAAUAUAUUCUAUUAUUUGAUUUUGAGUAAGGUAUUAAUUAUGACUUACAAAUUAACAUACUUCAACUUCACUGCACUAGGCGAACCCAUACGAUUCCUGCUGUCUUAUUUGGAUAUUGAUUUCGAAGAUAACCGUAUCGAAAUCGAAGAAUGGCCAUCAGUCAAACACACCAUGCCAUAUGGUACAGUUCCAUUGUUGGMAAUUGACGGUAAAGUAUUGAAUCAAUCUUCAGCCAUCUGUCGUUAUUUAGCUAAAAAGGCUAAUUUAGCUGGUAGCGAUGAUUGGGAAUCCUUAUUGAUAGACAUUGCUGUAGAUAAUUUUAAAGAUUUUGGUUUAUGCUUGAAAUCUUAUUGGUUUGAUCCAAAUGCAGAAUCUAAAGCUGCUAAAUAUGUUACGCUGGUCAAUGAAACUAUACCAUAUUAUAUGGACAAGUUUGAGAACAUWGUUGGUGAAAAUAAUGGAUAUCUCGUGAACGGAAAGUUAUCUUGGGCUGAUAUAUUUUUUGUGAGUAUUUUGGACCACUUGAUAUAUAGAGUAAAUAUUGACAUAUUGAAAGAUCGCCCAAACUUACAAGCUCUCAAAGAAAAGGUAUUGGCAGUACCCAAGAUUAAAUCAUGGAUUGAAAAACGACCAUUAUCUUUUGACAUUGCAUAAUCCCAGUAUAAUUAUUGGAUACAAUUAAUUUAUCCAURUCAUAUCAUACCUUAGA